AUGGUCAAUCCCAAUGCCUUGGUCAUGUGGGAAGCCCAAUUCGGUGACUUUGCCAACAACGCUCAGAGUGUCAUCGAUCAGUUUGUUUCGUCAGGGCAAUCGAAAUGGAUUCGUCAGUCUGGUCUCGUGAUGCUUUUGCCUCAUGGUUACGAGGGAAUGGGACCUGAACAUUCGUCAGCUCGCCCUGAAAGAUAUCUUCAGCUAUGCAAUGAAGACGACGAGAUCGAUCUUGAAAAAGUUGCAUUCGGUGGCACAUUUGAAGCUCAGCAACUCCACGAUACGAACUGGAUCGUUGCUAACUGCACCACUCCGGCCAACAUUUUCCAUCUGCUCAGAAGACAAAUAGCACUGCCCUUCCGUAAGCCGGCAGCGGUGAUGACACCCAAAUCAUUACUUCGCCAUCCGUUGGCUCGUUCACCGAUCGAGGACUUCUUGCCUGGCACAAAAUUCCAGAGAGUCAUCCCAGAUAACAUGGAACAUAAGGGAAAUGUACAACGUCUCAUCUUCUGCACAGGAAAGGUGUACUAUGAUCUCGUAAUGGCCAGAAAGCAUUUGGGAAAAGAGGAUUCGGUUGCGAUUUGCCGUAUUGAGCAAAUCUCUCCAUUCCCAUACGAUUUAGUCCAGGCGGAAUGCCAGAAAUAUCCAGGCGCAGAGCUGAUUUGGUCUCAGGAGGAGCACAAGAACAUGGGCGCAUGGGGAUAUGUGCAGCCGCGUAUAAACAGUCUGCUCCAACCUGAAAACCGCACAAUCCGCUACGCUGGACGUCAACCUUCUGCUUCUCCGGCCACUGGCAGCAAGUGCUUACGAGAGAUGCAUCGUGCAGGCAUGCUUUGUCGUCUGGCAUCGCCGAGCCGUGCGGCUGCAGUAGCCGUACGAGGCUCGUCGUCGAAUGUUGGAAAACCUGUAAAUCCAAUUGCUGCACCUACAACACAGGUUCGACAACAGUCCUUGGCAUCUGCUGUGACUUCGGAGCCGUUCAUGAAUGCCACCUCUUCCAUGUACAUCGAACAGAUGUAUGAUUCCUGGAAAGCUGACCCAAAGUCUGUUCAUGCUUCGUGGGACGCGUACUUCAGGAACGUUGAAGGUGGUGCUGCUCCAGGGCAAGCUUAUCAACCUCCUCCAACCGCCUAUGGUGCUGUCGGAGUUCCAGGAGUUUUACCACUGAUUCCAGCAGUAGCUGUUGGCGGUGGAUUCACCAUGCCGCAGGUUAUGCCAUCGCCUGCUGCCAUGCCUUCUACAGCAGUUGACUCUUCAGUACAGGCGAUCUCCGAUCACCUUAAGAUCCAACUACUUAUUAGAAGUUACCAAACUCGUGGCCAUAACAUAGCCGAUCUCGACCCAUUAGGAAUAAAUAGUGUCGAUCUUGAUGACACUAUACCACCAGAACUUGAACUUUCUUUUUAUGGAUUUGGAGAGCGUGAUCUGGACAGGUCGGGUUUGACUGCUAGUUGGCCAGAGUUCCUCUUGCCGCCAACUACGUUCAUCGGUGGUGAAAAACAGGUUCUAAGCCUUCGUGAAAUUCUCCACAGGCUGAAGCAAAUCUACUGCAAAACUACUGGUAUCGAGUACAUGCAUUUGAACAAUCUUGAGCAACAGGAAUGGAUUCGUAAGCACUUCGAGGCACCUCGAGUAACGGAGUUAUCUCAUGAACAGAAGAAGGUGUUGUUCAAACGUCUGAUCCGCUCCACUAAAUUCGAAGAGUUCCUUGCCAAGAAGUGGCCCAGUGAGAAGAGGUUCGGUUUGGAAGGAUGCGAAGUGCUGAUCCCUGCUGUGAAACAGGUUAUCGAUACAUGUUCGAGCCUUGGGGUCGACUCUGUGGUCAUUGGAAUGCCUCAUCGUGGUCGGCUCAACGUACUGGCUAAUGUUUGCCGUCAACCGUUGUCAACCAUUCUCUCACAGUUCUCUACCCUCGAACCAGCCGACGAAGGGUCUGGCGAUGUCAAAUACCACUUGGGUGUUUGCGUUGAACGCCUUAAUCGUCAAUCCCAACGUAAAAUAAAGAUUGCUGUGGUAGCGAACCCGUCACAUCUUGAGGCCGUAGAUCCAGUUGUCAUGGGCAAGGUACGUGCCGAAGCUUUCUAUGCCGGUGACGAGAAGGGUGACCAUAAGAUGGCUAUCCUUAUGCACGGAGAUGCUGCUUUCUCUGGUCAAGGCGUUGUAAUGGAAACAUUCAAUCUGGAUGACUUAGCAAGCUAUACUACUCAUGGCAGUAUUCAUAUCGUUGUCAACAAUCAGAUCGGUUUUACUACCGAUCCCAGGUGUUCACGUUCAUCACCAUAUUGUACGGAUGUGGGUCGUGUUGUUGGCUGUCCGAUAUUCCACGUGAAUGUGGAUGACCCUGAAGCUGUCAUGCAUGUAUGCAACGUAGCGGCUGAAUGGAGGCAAACCUUCAAAAAGGAUGUCAUUAUUGACUUGGUGUGCUACAGAAGACAUGGUCACAAUGAGCUUGAUGAACCGAUGUUUACCCAGCCGCUUAUGUAUCAAAGAAUCAAACAACAACCCACAGCUCUUGAAAAGUAUCAGCAACAUAUCAUCUCAGAAGGUGUCGCUAAUGAGCAGUACGUCAAGGAUGAACUCACUAAAUACGGUCAAAUUUUGGAGGAUGCAUACGAAAAUGCUCAGCAGGUCACUUAUGUAAGGAAUCGUGACUGGUUGGAUUCGCCUUGGGAUGACUUCUUCAAACGUCGUGAUCCUCUGAAGUUGGUCAGCACUGGUAUCGAUGAAGAUAAAAUCAAACAUAUCAUUGAGAAGUUCGGUUCCUAUCCUGAAGGAUUCCAUCUACAUCGUGGUCUUGAACGAAUUCUGAAGGGACGUAAGCAGAUGUUGCAGGACAAUUCGCUUGACUGGGCCUGUGGUGAAGCGCUAGCGUUUGGGUCACUUCUUACAGAGAAUGUUCAUGUCCGCCUUAGUGGACAAGAUGUGGAACGUGGAACCUUUUCCCACAGGCACCACAUUCUGCACGACCAAGUGAUUGAUCAAAAGACUUACAAUCCUCUAAAUGAUCUACAAGAAGGUCAAGCGAAAUACACAGUGUGUAAUUCCUCCCUGUCGGAAUAUGCUGUUCUUGGAUUUGAGCUCGGUUAUUCUAUGGUUAACCCGAAUUCCCUGGUCAUUUGGGAAGCGCAGUUCGGUGAUUUCGCUAACACUGCUCAGUGUGUUAUCGAUCAGUUUGUUGCAUCGGGACAAUCGAAAUGGAUCCGUCAGUCUGGUCUCGUAAUGCUUUUGCCUCACGGUUACGAAGGAAUGGGACCUGAACACUCGUCAGCUCGUCCAGAGAGAUAUCUUCAAAUGUGCAAUGAGGAUGAUCAGAUCGAUCUUGAAAAAAUCGCAUUCGGUGGUACAUUUGAAGCUCAACAGCUUCAUGAUACAAACUGGAUUGUCGCUAAUUGUACCACUCCGGCCAAUAUUUUCCAUCUACUCAGAAGACAGAUUGCAAUGCCGUUCCGUAAGCCAGCUGCGGUGAUGACUCCAAAGUCCCUACUUCGUCACCCAUUGGCUCGUUCACCGAUUGAGGACUUCUUGCCUGGCACCAAAUUCCAGAGGGUUAUUCCGGAUAGCGCUAAGCAUAACGGAAAUGUCCAACGGCUUGUCUUCUGCACAGGAAAGGUAUACUAUGAUCUGGUCAUGGCUAGGAAGCAUGUGGGAAAAGAGGAUUCAGUCGCGAUUUGCCGUAUUGAACAAAUCUCUCCCUUCCCCUAUGACUUAAUCCAAGCCGAAUGCCAGAAAUAUCCCGGAGCAGAGCUAAUUUGGUCUCAAGAGGAGCACAAGAACAUGGGCGCGUGGGGCUUUGUACAGCCACGUAUCAACAGCCUUAUGCAGCAUCAGAACCGUACAAUUCGCUACACUGGACGCCAUCCAUCAGCUUCUCCAGCCACUGGAAACAAGUUUACUCACCUACUAGAACAAAAAGACAUGAUGAGCAGAACGUUUGACGUUCCAAAGUCUCAACUAGAUGGUUUCAAGGUAUAA